AUGGAGGAGGAUCCACUGGAAGCAGAACAAGAAGCAUGGAGAAAAGAAAGAUUACGAGUUUUAGAAGAAUGGUGUGAGAUUGAACUAAAAGGUGCAGAUGCUCUGAAAAUGGAUGUAACACAUGAACCAGGAUCUCCAACAGUUGCAGUUGCAGCAGAAACAUCUCUUCAAGAUCUUUAUCCACUUCUGAUUGCCACAUCAUCAAACACAGUACCACAACAAUCGGGUGAUGAUGGGGCAGAAAAAGAAAUCAAGAAACCAGAAACAUCCGAUAAUCGUUCAACAUUCGACCGAAUAAUCGAUGUCUGUCUAUGUCGUCCUGUGAAGGCUCAAAUGAGUCCAAAAGCAUAUACAGACAAGACAUUGAUCAUGAAACUUGCUCAGAUACCAUAUGAUCACGAGAACGGGACACAUUGGUUGCUUCUCUCCGAUUACUUCAAUAAUGUUUCACGUUCAUUGAUGACGUCUUCUGAAUACUCCCACGUCACCAAUCCAUCACGAGUUGGAGCUCAUUGGGUUACUGUAGGCUUUCAGUCUGCCACUCCACACACAGAUUUUCGAGGUUGUGGUGUGCUCGGAUUACUGCAAAUGCAUACAUUCACACAAAGAGUUCCAGCGAAUAUACUACGAGCAAUUGUACUUUUAGCAACUACAGAACCUACUGAUUUCCCCUUGGCAGUUGUUUCAAUUAAUAUAACAAGUAUCAUUUUAACACAAUUGCAGAAAGGAGCUUUCGAUGGAUAUGGAAACGAAAACGAAGGUCUCUAUCCCUUUUUCUCGGCUCUUCAUGCAGCUUCAAUGGCCCGAUUCUGCUCAAUUUACAAAUCACAAAACUGCACUUUAGCAAACACUCAAACUAUUUUCAGUGAGAUUACUCGACAACUCGAAAAAUCACCGGUUUCUCUUUUAAUGCUUCUUAAUGCUUCAAGCGACGAGCUCAUCAACACUCUCCUGUGA